GAAGGAUAAAAAGUUUAAUGUUGAAAAUGGCGACAUCUACAAAGGACACGGAACAUUUUGACGAUUUAUUAACGUGUACAAUUUGUCUGGAAACUUUCAAAGUUCCGAAAUACUUGCCAUGUCUUCAUACUUUUUGUGAAUCUUGUUUACAAACUUACAUUAUAACAUCUACGAAAAAAGAAAAGGAGUUCGAGGGAUUCAAAUGUCCGGUAUGUCGAAAAUUUAUUUCAUGCAGUAAAACACCAGAAAAACCGGAAACAUGGGCAUCCACACUACCAAAGAACCACUUUGUGAUGUCAAUGUUGGAUAAGCGAGCAAUUCAAAGGUCUGAAAAAGUGUGCAACUCCUGUCAGAUAAACAAUGAAAUGAAAACGGCUAUAUCUUGGUGUACUAUUUGUGAAGAGGCGUUUUGUGAGCAGUGUGAUAAAUGUCACAAAUCUUUCAAAUUUUUAGCAAAGCAUAAACUUAUUUCAAUCAAUGGAAUUCAGUCAGGGAAUUCCGAUUUGAAAAUUUCUGAAGUCCUCAGUUGCGAAGAACAUCCUGCAAAGAUUGUGGAGGUUUAUUGUGUGGACCAUUCAAAGCCAUGUUGUACCUUAUGUGCAACCCUUUCACAUCGCAAAUGUGAAAACGUGACCUCAAUCGAAAAUGCCGCUAAAGGUAUAAAGAAAUCCAAACUUACAACUACUUUGGUUAAAAAACUUUACGAAAGGAAUAAGGAACUUAAUGAAAUAAUUGAGAAUCGGAAAGAUAGUAUGACUAAAUUUGAAACCACAUCAGAAAACAUUAUUCAAGAAGUGUCAACAUUAAAAAGGGUGGUAAUAGAUCAUUUAAACAAAUUAGAAGAGAAAAUUAAGGUCGAAGUGGCCUCAUCAAAGAGGCAUGUGCUCAUGAAAUUUACUGAUGAAGUUAAUACUUUUUCGAGUUAUAAAAGUACAUCGGCUAACUGGCAGUCAGUCCUUAAUGGGUCUAUAGAACAAGGAUCAGACCAACAGUGUUUAAUGGAAGUCAACAAGAUUUGUCCUAAAAUGACAAUUCUUGAAAACGAAAUGAAAGAAGAAACGAAAAAGAUGAAGAAAAUAGCUUUAAACUUCAUCCCGUCUGAAUUCAUUGCGAAUUUUAAAACGAGUGCAGAAUCAUUUGGUUGCCUUAAUAUAGCAGAAGACGAGGAUACAGGGACGCUGUCUGUGAAGGGUUGUAGAGAAAAUGUUAAUUUUCGCAGCGGCGACAUUAAAAUUUUGCACAAAAUUUAUGCUUUCGAAAGUGGUGCCACAAGUGCAAUAUUCACCGGUGAUUACUUAGUUAUAGUGAGCUUUAGCAAAAGUAAUGUUGAAAAAUACAGUCUUGAUGGUAAAUUAGUACAAUUAUUAGCUGUAGAAAAUUAUCCACGGGAUAUAGCACAAGUUAAUCAGACUCAAGUCGCUAUUGCGAUUGAUAAUAAAAACAAAAUUUUGUUUGUUGACGUUGCGGAAAUGAAGUUAUUACGAACAUUGAAUCUAUCAGGUAUACCAGUAUGUGGACUAUGUUGUGUCGAAGGAAAUACAUUUAUUGUAUCUCAUGGAUCCACAUUGACAUGGGUAAACUCAUCAGGAAAGAAAUUGAAACAGAAAACAACAGAUGGCCAAUCGUUUUAUGUUUCGACAUCGGAUAUGAAAGAUUAUAUAUAUGGAGAUGGAGAUAAGUCAUUAUCACGUGUAGUAGGGGACGCAACCAAGUUCACGUACACAAAUACAGAGCUUGAACACCCUAGAGGAAUUGGAAUAGACUUUGAGGGUAAUAUAUACAUUGCUGGAUACUGGUCACAAAAUAUUCACCAAAUUACGAAUGAUGGGAAAUUAAUACGAGUAAUUCCGAUCGAAACUUUUGGAAUUUUGAGUCCAUGGACUAUACGGUUUGCUCCCAACAGCAAUAAAUUUGUCGUUACAUGUGGUGGUUCAGGACAAGUUGUACUGUGUGAAAUUGAUUGAAAACGCUAUAUUACUGUUAUAUUUAUAUACAUUGCUUUACUACCAAUUUUACCCUCUCCUGGCUUAUAAAUAAAAUAAAAAUCCUUGAUUUGUUGUCCAAGUUGGAAUGAAAAGAAAUACAUGCUAAUAAAUGAA